CCUCCGCCUGAAGAGAAAGAGAGUCGAUGCCAAACCCUGUUUUCAGUUUCGAGAACGAGGUGGGGCGUAAGAGGAAUUAACCGGGGCCUGGGCACAGGCUACUGCCGGCUUUGCCAUGGGAAGUUCUCCGCGCGGAGCCUGCGAAAUGCCUUUGGGAAAGUCCCCACCGCGAGCGAGAGCUCCGAGAAGCAGCGGCACUUGGACCAGGUCUUCUUCACAGACUUCCAGCGGCUGGUGGGGGUGGCCGUCCAGCAAGACCCGUCCCUUCCCCAGUUCGUUUGCAAGAAGUGCCACGCUCAGUUCUACAAGUGCCGCAGCAUCCUGAAGGCUUUCAUCCAGAAGGUGAACGUCUCACCCGCGGGACACCCCAAGCCACGAGGAAAGAACAACCUUGUCCAGUCUCCACCACCCGCUGCUUCGGCUGGAGAAGGAGAGGCGCCUUGUCUGGCAGAUCUGAUCACCUCCAGCCCACAGUGCCUUCACCAGUUGGUGAUGUGGAGCCACGGCCAUGCGGAGAACUGCCCGAUGGCGCCGAGCCUGCAGAGUGUCUUGUCGUCCGAGUACUGCGGGAUCAUCAGAGCAGUGUGGAGCUGCGAAGAGGGCCACAGUUACAUCAUGCACACAGAUUCAGACUGCAGCACCUUGCUGGUAGACAGUGCCCUGGCUGUCCAGUGGGAACUGAAGAAGAGCGUCUCUCAGCACGUGACAGGCAACGGGGUGGCCUCUGAUAGCCCAGGGGCUGCCAUUCCGCCACUGCAGCCCCAGCACGGCACUGCUAGAGCAGCUGCUGGCCAGCAGCCUGCAGACAGCGGGACUGCUUUGCCGGCAUCCAGUGCAGAAAACCUUGUCCCCGAGAGCCAAGGGUUGCCUUCCUUGCAAGACCCUUUGCAGGAGGACCUGCCCCAAGCAAUCUGUCCCCGGACCGGUAGCCCAGGACGACCGAGUGAGAAGCUGGCGCUCUCCACAGCAUCAGAUGAGCGGGUAAAAGACGCGUUCAGUGACCUUUCUGAGGGAGAGUCUUCAAGUGAUGAUGAAAACAACAGGAGAGCACAGUCUUCAGAUGAUUCUUUUGAGCCUUAUCCAGAAAAGAGGGCGUCCAACAACAGGAAAGCAGAAAGCAAAGAAGCAAACGUGGAAGAACCGAAAAUAAGGAAGAAGCCGGGACCCAAACCUGGCUGGAAAAAGAAGAUCAAGUGUGAAAGGGAGGAGCUGCCAAACAUUUACAAGUGUCCUUAUCAGGGCUGCACAGCUGUAUACAGAGGGGCGGAUGGCAUGAAGAAGCACAUCAAAGAACAUCACGAAGAGGUCCGGGAAAGGCCCUGUCCCCACCCAGGAUGCAACAAGGUGUUCAUGAUUGACCGCUACCUGCAGCGUCACGUGAAGCUCAUUCAUACCGAGGUACGGAACUAUAUCUGUGAUGAAUGCGGCCAGACGUUCAAGCAGCGCAAACAUCUGUCUGUCCACCAGAUGCGCCACUCGGGAGCAAAGCCACUUCAGUGUGAAAUCUGUGGCUUCCAGUGCAGACAGCGAGCCUCUCUCAAGUACCACAUGACCAAACACAAAGCAGAGACAGAGCUGGAGUUCGCUUGCGACCAGUGUGGGAAGCGCUUUGAGAAGGCCCACAACCUGAACGUUCACAUGUCCAUGGUGCACCCCCUGACCCAGACGCAGGAGAAAGCCAAGCGGGGUGACCCCGAGCCCAAGGUGCUGCUAGACACUGUGGAAGGCCAGCCUGUAAAAGCAGAACUGAGUGCGCAGCAGGAGCCCACCUGAACACCUGCUGGAAGGAGCGCCCUGAAACAGCAUUGCAUAAAUCUCACAGAGGAGGAGUUUGUGUACGUUUUAAUGGGUUCUUCAGAAGAGGACCCUGGGAAAUAACUUCCGCUUGCUUGCGAAGAGCUUUCCCUCGCUGUGGCCACUCUCUCCCUGUGCUUACGCCGACUGUGGUUGCAACGUCUUACGGAGAAAUCGCUCCUCUGCCAAAAGGGAGGGCCCAUUCUGCCCUCCCCGUUGACAUGCUGAUGAUCAAAAGGCAUCACACCUGUUGUAAAGGUGCAUAUAGUUCAUAGACACCCCUGAAUUCCCUGUGAUGGAUCUCAACAAUGAUGAAAACUUGAAUCCAGACCAGAUGUUUUACAUUAAAUUCCAAAGCCAAUCUCAAAAUGAAAAACAACAUUUGUAACCUAAUUUUUAUUGUUACAAAGUCAUAAUUAUGCUUGUAAUAAAUUAUUUACACCGUACUCUGGACAGACUCGGCUGCGAGGCACGUCCUCAGUUUGUCCAUCUUUGGCUGGGGUGGGGGGCUGCAAACACUUGUCU